GCAGCAAUCCGACCUCUGCGUCACUGUCGUUUAGCUGUGGGAAUUGUAGUCUACUCAAACGUGUGUCUCUCGUAUCGUGUGCGGUGGGAAACUACAAGUUCCAGAUUUCACAAUGCGGAAGUAGCGCAACAAAACACUGUGAGGCUGCAGCAUCACAACCAAGAAGAUGUCUCAUGUCGUAAAGAAAAGAAAAUUGGAUAAAACCCGACAGGACAGACUGUACUUUGACAGCUAUACCGAUGUGACUAUCCACGAGGAAAUGAUAGCGGACCACGUCCGAACUAACACGUACCGGAUGGCGAUACUAAGGAACAGUGAGUCCAUACGUGGAAAAGUUGUACUGGACGUCGGGGCAGGAACCGGCGUUUUAAGCAUGUUCUGUGUACAAGCCGGUGCUAAGAAAGUCUACGCAGUUGAAGCCUGUUCCAUCGCCGAGCAGGCUGUGAAAAUAGUUAAACAGAACAAUAUGGAGGACAAAAUUGAAGUCAUUCGAGGCACAGUGGAGACGGUGGACCUACCGGAGAUGGUGGAGGUGAUAGUGAGCGAGUGGAUGGGUUAUGCCCUCUUGCACGAGUCCAUGCUCAACUCGGUCCUCUACGCGCGCGACAAGUGGCUAAAGCCGGGCGGCAUUAUCCUUCCCAGCAAAGCCGAGCUCUACAUCGCACCCAUCUGCGACCCGGUGGUGGAGGACCGCUUACAUUUCUGGUACACCGUCAAAGACCAGUACGGCGUCGACAUGUCCUGCAUGUCCGACUUCGCCAGGAGAUGUAUCAUGAACUCCGACAUCACUGUGAACUCGGUGACCGUUGAGGACGUGCUCUCCCACCCGGCCCGCUUCGCCGAGCUCGACUUGUACUCGGUCACCGUGGAGGAGCUGCGCUCGGUGAAGGGCAAGUUCAGGUGCGAGUCGUUCGGCUCGGCGGCAGUGAGCGGUCUCUGUGUUUACUUCACGGUGACUUUCCCCUGCCCGGACAAGCCGCAGACGCUCGUGCUCUCCACGUCCCCGUUCAAACCGGAGACGCACUGGAAGCAGGCGGUGCUGUACCUGGACACUCCGGUGGAUGUGGUGCAAGACACGGUGGUUACCGGAGAGGUCAGCAUGUAUCCCUCGGAGGAAAGCGCCAGACAUAUAUGCAUCCAUGUGGACUACACGAUAGGAGAGCAGAAAAGACAGUCCAAGACUUUUUCCAUCCCUGACUGGAGCAGUGAAGCUCAGCCGUAGUGUAGCAUCAACAUUUAGUUUAACAGUUGAAUCACCUUCCUUUUAUCAUUGUCUGUCACUAAGAUUCCCAAACCUGCUCAGUGUGACUUUAGGAGGAAGUGGAGCAAUGACUGUAUUUUAGACCAGUGCGGUAAAUUAUCCAUAUCUAAAAACUACAAGAUCACAUUGGGUCUCACAAAUGCAGCUGACAUCUAUAGAUACACACACAUUAAAGAGUUAGGUUCUGACCCAUCUCUGCAGGCUAAAGUAGACACAAGCAGGCAGCGGCUGCUACAGUCAAUAUGUGAACUACAGUACAUGUGCAUAGUUUGGAGUUGUUUAUGUUGUGUUUAUGGUUAUUUUCACACCUAAUGAUAAAUCAUUUGACACCUAAAUUGGAGGAGGAAAAAUGCAUAUCAUUAACCUCACUCAACCAGACCAAUAUGUGUUAGUGAAAGCCAGUACUGAUCAUUUUUGUAUUGCAUACUGUAUAUUCAGUUUAUAGCAUUUAUGGCGCAUUUUAUACCAAAACAUUGCAGUAGUACUGAGGAGGGCUGUAACCAACCAUUAUUUUAAUUUCAAUAAAUUAUUUGGUUUAUAAAAUGUCAAAAGCCAAAACCCAAAUAUUGUUGAUUUACUUUUACUAAAACUAUGCUUAAUUGCUUACUUAUUACUAUAUUAUUACAGACAAAGAAAAACAGUAAGUCCUUACAGUUGAGAAGCUGGAACUAGGGAAUGUUUGUUGUUUUUUAAUCUAAAGUUCUUAAAUCGAUUGUCAAAACAGUUGGAGAUUAAUUUUCUGUUGAUUUGACUAAUCAAUUAAUAGACUAAUUUCAGCUCUAGUAUUUAGGUUUUAAAAGUUUUAUUAUUGUCAGAGUGGAAAAGCAUUUGAAACAGUAUUUGACCAUCACAAGAUACUAAAACUCUCCUGACUAAUGGAUAGUUCUAGGUGUGUAGCACCUUAAAGCAGAAUAGUAAUAAUUAAUUCAACGCCAUGCUGCAGACAUCUGAUAUUCUAAUUUAAUUAUGCAUAUUGUGUGGAAUUGGAUCAAAAUGCUGCAUUUAAAUGAGGAUUAGACCAAUAUAUUGACUUGGACUAGCUGUAGUCAGGCAGGAGGCUGCAACACACAGGAGGUGUUUUACAUUGGUAUUAAAAACUGAAAACCAGCCAAACUAAAUUGGCUCAUUAUUUUGGUUUAAAACUAGCGCACACUGUCUUCUGUUGGCAGAAACCACUGACUUAAUCCAAACUUGUUAUUCUACUGCAGCAUUCUGCAAAAUAGCAAAGGCUACAUUGUUUGUACAACAGAGUAUUUCCUCCCUGGCCGUUAUGGCUCUAGCUGUAUCCAACUGACUGAGCUAUGAAAAUGAAGUUUUCAUCAUCAGCAACAAUCAAGGAUAAAUCUCUUUAUAAAAGUUAAUAGUUUGAUGGCUACAUUUAAUAAUUUGUCAUUCAUCAUUUAUUGAACAAAGCAUGUUAUCUGGUCACUGAUUAGUCAUUGAUUCACUUAUUUUACUACUUUAGAGUCAAUGUACAUUAAGUGGGUUUGGAUUUUGGCGGAUUAUAUUGCAGGGAGUUUGAUUAGAGUUUGGUGAACUGACUCUGUUUCAAACAUAAUUGUUUACCAACUAUGCUCAUUAUUGAACCAGUGGCAACUAGACUCUAAUAAAUAGUUUGACUGUG